GAUCAAGCAGUGAGUGAGCGAACGAGCGAACGGGGGCCUUCGUCGACGCGGGGGCGGGUAACAAGAAACCGUGCGAUUUCACGGUCGUCGCUUCGUCCUCUUUCUCCUCCGCUGCUGCUGCUUUCUGCCAUGGAGAACCCUCGCUCUCCCGCUCCCAAGCCCCGCAUUUCCUCCUCGAUCCCUUACUACCUCUUCGAUAUGCCUCCGCGCGCCUCCCCCCGCACCGUCUACAGCGAUCGAUUCAUCCCCAGCCGCGCCGGAUCCAACUUCGCCCUCUUCGGCGUCUCGUCCCCGCCUUCUGCCGCCUCGUCUGACGCCGGAAGGGAGGACGGAUCUGGAGCCUACGCUUCGCUCCUGAGGGCUGUCCUCUUUGGAGCAGAUCAGCCCGCCACGCCCGACCUCUCGCCGGGGGUGGCUGGGAGGGUUUCCUCGUCUACCUCGACAUCCUCUUCGUCUUCGUCGGCGUUUUCGACUCCCAGUGGCAAUAUGUUUCGGUAUAAGGUUGACGUGCCCCGGCGAUCCCUUGCGGCGCAGUUUGAGGAUGGGCUUCCAGGGUUCUCGCAUUUCCACCCGAGGGCGCCGAGGAAGGUGCCAAAAUCACCUUACAAGGUGCUAGAUGCGCCGGCGUUGCAAGAUGAUUUCUACCUAAACCUUGUUGAUUGGUCUUCGCACAAUGUGUUGGCUGUUGGUUUGGGUAAUUGCGUGUACCUGUGGAAUGCCUGCAGCAGUAAGGUUACCAAACUUUGUGAUUUGGGCGUCGAUGACAGUGUGUGUUCUGUUGGAUGGGCACAGAGGGGAAAUCACUUGGCUGUUGGCACUAACAUGGGGAAAGUUCAGAUAUGGGAUGCAUCUCGUUGUCGGAGGAUAAGGACAAUGGAGAGCCAUCGUUUGCGAGUUGGAGCUCUUGCAUGGAGCUCGUCUCUACUAUCCUCAGGUAGCAGAGACAAGAUAAUUCUUCAACGAGAUAUUCGUGUUCAAGAAGAUUUUGUGAGCAAGUUGUCGGGGCACAAAUCUGAGGUUUGUGGCUUGAAGUGGUCUCAUGAUAAUAGAGAACUUGCUUCUGGUGGAAAUGAUAACCGACUUUUUGUAUGGAAUCAACAUUCAUCACAGCCAGUAUUAAAGUAUUGUGAGCAUACAGCAGCAGUUAAAGCAAUUGCUUGGUCACCUCAUGUGCAUGGACUACUAGCAUCUGGUGGAGGAACUGCAGAUCGAUGUAUUCGUUUCUGGAACACUACCACAAACUCUCACUUGAACUGCAUUGACACUGGGAGUCAGGUUUGCAACCUUGUGUGGUCGAAGAAUGUUAAUGAACUUGUCAGCACACAUGGUUAUUCCCAAAACCAAAUAAUUGUUUGGAGAUACCCAACCAUGUCUAAGCUUGCAACACUCAUAGGCCAUACCUAUAGGGUUUUGUACCUUGCUAUCUCCCCCGAUGGACAAACUAUUGUCACUGGUGCUGGUGACGAAACACUACGAUUCUGGAAUGUAUUUCCAUCUCCUAAAUCUCAGAACACCGGCAGUGAUAUUGGAGCAAGAUCGUUUGGUAGAAGUCACAUCCGGUGAUCGCAACGUCAAAAAAUCUCGGCCCCUUUCCAUGCUCAUUUUGUGUAGCCGCUAAAUCCUUGUAACAUGAAAUUGUAAAUUAGUUCCUACUUUCCUAUGUUGAUAUUGUGUUGCCACGGCCACUCAUGUCCUGUCGUAUAUAUUUACUCAAGAGUCGCACGCUAAAAAAAUUUGACAGGAUCCAUUCACAA